CCGGCUAAAGAGGCGGGACGAUCUAGGUCAGUCGGGCUUCAUUCGGCAGUCGCAACGCACCAGCACGGAUCACGCUGCUGGGCCCAAGGAGUACACGGGAAUAUCGACGCACAAUGGAAGUGGGGACGCGCCUGCUGCUGACGCUGUUUGUGGUGCCGGGGUUGCUGGUGCCAGCCCUGGAGGCGGCCGAGGUGCUGGGCCUGUUCCAGUCGGCGGGCCGCAGCCAGUGGGUGCUGGCCGAGACGUACCUGCGGGCGCUGGAGCGGCGGGGCCACCGCAUCACCGCCGUCACCACGUUCCCGUCCAGCCAGGGCGGCACCGGGGGCAACUGGACCGAGAUCCUCAUACCGAACCCUGUCAACGAAGUCGGCGAUCUCAACGUAUUCGAAGAGGCGGCGACGGGAGUCUUGGACUUGAUGAAACAGUUCUUAGAAUUUGCUGAAAAAACGUGUCACGGAUUUCUGAAAGACGAAAAUGUACAGAAGUUGCACAAGUCGGGCAAAAAGUUUGACGUCAUUGUUUUGGAGAAUAUCUUCACAGAAUGCCUACACGGAUACGCUCAUGGUCUGAAAGCACCUGUGAUCGUUCUGUCUACCUUCGGGGGAACAGACUGGAUGGCCGACAUGGUGGGAAAUCCGACCCCGUAUUCUUACGUGCCGAAUCCAUUCCUCGAGUUAGGCACGCACAUGAGUUUUCUCGAGAGACUUCAGAAUACACUUGUUGGGAUAGUAGGAAAAAUCGCCCGACAGUUUCUGUAUCUGCCGAGGCUGGAUGCAAUUUUACAGACGUAUCUGAAGGAUCCGUCACUACCUUCAUUGUCCGAAAUCGAGAGACAGACGUCGCUUCUCCUGGUUAAUUAUCACUUCAGCCACGGAUGUCCUCGGCCACUGGUACCGAGCAUGGUGGAAGUUGGUGGACUGCAUGUCAGGCAACCAAAGAAGCUGCCCCAGGAUAUACAAAAGUUUUUAGACGAGGCCACAGACGGGGUGAUAUACUUCAGUAUGGGCUCUAACCUGCAAAGUGCUCACUGGCCUGAGGAGAAGCGGUCCGCCUUCCUGAAGGUGUUUUCGCGGCUGAAGCAGCGAGUCCUGUGGAAAUGGGAGAAAGACUCCAUGCCCGGACAACCGCCGAAUGUGAAGACGGGCAAGUGGCUGCCGCAGUCCGACAUACUGGCACACAAGAACGUGCGGGCGUUCAUCACGCACGGCGGGCUGCUGAGCACGCAGGAGGCGACGGCCAGGGGGGUUCCGCUGGUGGGGAUCCCAGUGUUCGGCGACCAGCUGCUCAACAUGGUGCAGGCGCAGAGGCAGGGCUACGCGGUCACGCUGGCCGUCAGCAACGUCACGGAGGCGUCGCUGCAGUGGGCUCUCGACGAGGUGCUCACCGUCCCCAGGUACCGAGAGAACGCCCAGCGGUUGUCCAGGAUCUUCAACGACCGCCCGAUGGAGCCGCUGGACGAGGCUGUCUACUGGACAGAGUACGUGAUCAGGCACCAGGGGGCACCACACCUCAGGUCCGCGGCGCUGGACCUCGCCUGGUACCAGUAUUUCCUGCUAGAUGUCGUCGCCGUGCUGGUAGCUGUGGCCGUGGUGCUGCUCCUAGCGGUGGGGAUCGCAAUCAGGGCCGGACUGCGGCUACUGAAGCGGACUCCUGGUGGAUCCAAAGCUAAGAGGACUAGUAGCAAGUCCACCAAGAGAGACUGACGGCGUUUUAUUUAUCUCUUGUAUGUAUCUGAUUUGUAUAUUUCCCAAUUUGUAUAUUACCCAAUAAAAUGAGUUUAUAUG